AUUUUGGACGGUGACAAAAAAUUUUUGGUUUCUCUUAGUUUUCUUUCACUUGUUGGUUUCUAAGACAUGGCAGCUGCAGAUAUACUGAGCAAGCUUUGGAGCUUUGUUUCUUUCCUUCCAUUCUUCUUCUUGCUCUUUAUCCUUGGCAUCAUAAAAGGUGCAGUGAUAGGUGUAAUUGCAUUUGCCAUUAUUGGCACUGGAAAUUCAGCUGUUAUCAUUGGACUUUGGACUGCACAUGUAUUUUGGACAUAUUACUGUGUGGCAAGGACAAAUAGGUUUGGACUGGUCUUCAAGGUUGUAGUGCUCAUGUGUUUGCCAGUUCCUCUGUUACUUUGGCCAACAGUGGGUAUUGUUGGAAGCCUUUUAGGUGGAAUUGGAUAUGGUUUUUUUUCUCCACUUCUUGCAACUUUUCAGGCUGUGGGGAAGGGAGAGAAUGUUAGUAAAAAAAUUUAUCAUUGCUUCAGUGAUGGUUGUUGGUCAACAAUUGAAAGAAGCUGCACAGUGGUUGAAGAUGUGAGAGACUUGUGCUUCCACUCCUAUUUUUCAUAUAUGGAUGAACUAAGAGAAAAGCUACCCCCUGAAGAAAAGCCGUUAGAUGUCCGAAUGUCAAUAUUGCCAUGUUGCUUGUUGGUGAUCAUGGUUGGGGUGCCACUCGACACAGCUUUAAUAACCUCAAUUGCUGUGUGGAAGAGCCCAUAUAUGCUGUUGAGAGGGUGGAAGAGACUAUCAGAAGAUUUGAUUGGUAGAAAGGGACCAUUCCUAGAAACUGAAUGUGUCCCAUUUGCUGCCUUUGCAAUCUUCCUCUGGCCUUUGGCUGUUGUUGUGGCUGUAUUAGCAGCAACCCUUUGCAGCCCUUUUCUAGCCCUAUACAGUGGAGUUGUUGUCCAUCAGGAAAACUCGGUGAAGAUGGGGUUCGCCUACAUUGUGUCUGUGGUUUCACUAUUUGAUGAAUAUGUAAACGAUUUGCUCUACUUGAGAGAGGGGUCCUGCUUGCCCAGCCAGGAAAAACCCUGGAAAAGGUUCACAAAUUCAAAACACACCUUGCAACAAUCCAGAACUCUGAAAUGGAGAAUUCAGCAAUAUAGACCAGUGCAGGUAUGGGACUGGCUGUUCAAGUCUUGUGAGGUGAAUGGUAGGAUACUCCUACGUGAUUCUCUCGUAAGCGUUGGGGAAGUUGAGGAAUUCAUUUUGAAAGGCAAUUGCAAAAAGUUAAGCAUCAAGUUACCAGCUUGGUCUAUCCUGCAAUGUCUUCUAACUUCUGCAAAAUCCAACUCAGAUGGAUUGCUUAUCUCCGAGGAUGUAGUGUUGACAAGAACGAAUGGACCAAAGGAUAGCGUGUUUGAGUGGUUUAUUGAACCUUUAUUAAUCAUGAAAGAGCAGCUAAAGAACCUGGAGUUGGAAGAAGCAGAAGAAACUUGCUUGAAGGAACUGGUAAUAAGAUGCAAAAAUGAAUUGCCGGAGGAGUGGGAUAGCACCGACUUCCCAUCUGAUGACACUGUUAGGAGAGCACAAUUGCAAGCCGUGAUUAGAAGGUUGCAAGGGAUUGUGGCUUCCAUGUCCAGAAUACCUACUUUUAAAAGACGAUUCAGGAAUUUAAUGAAGGUUUUGUGCGUAGAAGCGUUGCAGGCUGCUUCAGCUAUCCAUAUUGGAGGCACUGUAAUUUCAAAACAUAGCGAGAAAAGCAAAGAAGAUGAUGUUGAUGAAGCCAGCAAUAGAUGUUGAACACCUCACAUCCAUAUAUGAAGAUGGAUGUCUAUAUUAGUAUGCUCACCACACUUAUAUUUGAAGAUCAAAGCUUCUUCUUAACUGAGAAGGAAUAUGGAAUCUUUCUUCUUUUUGUUAAUUUUAUUUCCUUUUGUGGCCGUUUAUGUGUAUUUUUCUUCCAAAGGAAAGAAGUGCACAAGAUCAUCAAAGCCAAAGGUGCAAAGCUACAUGCUUUUCCUUGGAUUAGAAAGGUUAACUUUUAUUAUAACUUGGUGUGUUUGGUUUCGAUGUGCAAUAUUAGAGG